AUGUGCAAGAUCAUCCCAACAAUUCUUCUAAUUGCUGUUGCAAUUUGGAAUGCAAAUGCAAUCUUUCACACAGAUUGUUCGCGCGAUGAUGUCACGUUCGAAACCAAACUCGUCAACUCAUCUUUUGUUGUGUAUGGAAAACCAACUGCGAAGACGUUAUACAACGAUAGUGACUCCAUGUUCUACGGCGCAUUUCGCGUCGACUGUAUACUUAAAGGAGAACCCAUUGACAACAUUAUUCACAUCAUGAAAGCGGGUCAUGUUAAAGGUAAAAAAUACUGUCAAGAUUUAUCGGUUGGCCGUGAUUAUGUCAUCGCUUUUCUUGAACGCGAUCCCUUCCAAAUGAACGAGACAAAUACGUUUAUUCCCACGGAUUUUGCUGAUAUGCCUGUCGAAGGCAAUGCAACAUACGAAUUACUAGCUGACACGUGCACUUUGAAACGAAUUCUUCCAAUUGGAUUGAAAGCUUCGGUGGAUGAUGUGUGUCCAAAAGUUUCUACAAAUAGCAAAUGCGUACCAAAAAUAAUCGUGGACGCGACAACUGUUCACACAGGUACAGGUGCAAUCAUCAUUCCAGGCCAAAUUCACAAUGUAACUGAUGGUAUUCGAAGUAAAUCCGGCUCAGCGCAAGUCGAUGUUGAUGGUAAUGCGGCUAUGCGUACGAGAAACAUCAACAUUCUUCUUAUCUUCAUGGCUAUUUGGGUUCGAUUGUAUUAA